AUGAUUUAUCAGGUUAAUAGAGCUAGACAUAAUCCAGCAAAGAUAAAGCGUAUCUAUGAGUAUUCUUAUAAAGGAAAACUUGAAAAAAAUAGAAAAAAAAAUAUAUAUAUAGCUCGAUUGAAGAAAAAAUAUCUUCGUUGUUUGAAAGAAUAUGAGCAAAAAGGUUUAAAAAGGGGUGAAUCGUCUAAAAAAUACUGUUUAUCUCCUUCUGAUACUGCUGAAUGUUUGUUUUCUAAGGAUCAAACAAGUAAUAAAGAAUAUAAAAAUGAUUUAUCUUUAAAUGAAAAACAAAAAAAGCCUCAUAAUUUAAAAGAGAAAGAAAUAGAUAUUCAAGAACAAAAACAUAUACGGGUUAAAAACCGUUUAAAAAGAUAUAAAAUAAUGACACAAGUAACAAAAAAAGGACAACCGAAACUUGAUAAAAGAAUUGAUUUGCUUUUGGAAAAAAUUAAGGAUAUGGUGUAA